UCCAAUCUCUCUCUCUCUCUCUCUCUCUCUCUCUCUCUCUCUCUCUAACACUAGACACGCAAGCACAACCAGUAACACCAACAAGAUAGAAAGAGAGAGAGAACCAAAAUCAAACCCUUUCUCUUUCAAUUCUUCUUCACUUCUUCACUCUCUUCUGUUUUUUCAACCGUUUUCUUCCAUGAUAAACCACGCGCAUCCAUAAAACGACGUCGUUUUCCCCCAAAAAUGGCUCUCAAACCUCAUCUUCAGCUCAAAGACCUGGGAUCCAAACUCGAAACUCUUCCUUCUUCUAAAGAGACUCUAAUUCAGCUCUUGAAGCAAGCGGCAACAUGCCUUACUGACAUGGAUCAAUCACCAUCGGCUUCAGCAUUGGAGUCAAUGAAGCCCUUUUUGAAUGCAAUUGUUAAGCCAGAAUUGCUGAAGCACCAAGAUGGGGAUGUAAAACUUCUAGUAGCAACAUGUGUUUGUGAGAUAACUCGAAUAACUGCACCCGAAGCUCCCUAUAGUGACGAUGUUCUAAAGGACAUCUUUCAGUUAAUUGUGAGCACUUUUAGUGGUCUGAGUGAUAUAAGUAGUCCAUCCUUUGGCCAGGAAGUUGCUAUGUUGGAGACUCUGGCAAAAUAUAGAUCAUGUGUUGUAAUGUUGGAUCUUGAAUGUGAUGAUCUGGUGAAUGAGAUGUUCAGCACUUUUUUUGCAGUUGCCAGAGAUGAUCAUCCAGAAAGUGUUCUAUCAUCCAUGGAGAAUAUUAUGGCUGUUCUCUUGGAGGAGAGUGAGGAUGUUCCUGAGAAUCUUCUAUCUAGUCUGCUGUCCACUUUAGGUCGCGAAAAAAGAGAUGUUACUGCAGCUGCGAGGAAGCUUUCCAUGAAUGUCAUAAAGCAAUGCAUAGGAAUACUUGAACCUAGCAUUAAACAUUUUUUUCUAUCAUUAGUGUCAGGAGAAAGCAAGCCAGUGAGCAGUCAAGUUCAGCACCAUGAAGUAUUAUAUGAUAUAUGUUGCUGUGCUCCUCAGAUCCUAUCUGGAAUUCUCCCUUAUGUCACGGGGGAGCUGCAGACCGACCAGUUGGAAACCCGUCUGAAAGCAGUGAACUUGGUUGGCGAUAUAAUUGCUCUUCCUGAAAUUUCCACUUCUGAGGCAUUUCAGCCAAUACUUUCAGAGUUUUUAAAAAGGUUGACUGAUAGAGAUUUUGGGGUCCGCAUGUCAGUCCUUGAGCAUUUAAAGAGCUCUCUUCUGUCAAAUCCUCAGAGGCCUAAAGCUCCUGAAAUAAUCUCUGCCCUUUGUGAUCAGCUUCUGGAUUUUGAUGAUAAUUUUCGAAAGCAAGUGGUGGCUGUUAUCUGUGAUGCGGCAUGUCACACGCUACAAGCAGUUCCUCUUGAAGCUAUGAAUCUUGUUGCAGAACGGCUUCAUGACAAAUCUGUAUGUAUUCCUCUAAUCGACAUCAUUAUUUUUCUAACGUUUUCUCUUAUUUCUGAUGAUUGCAUUUCAAUCUCAAAUCCUUGUUUUGCUAUACAUUUCCAGCAACUUGUUAAAAAGUAUACCAUGGAGAGAUUGGCCGAGAUAUAUAGAGUUUUUUGUGAGAAAAGCUCUGACACCGUUAACCCCAGCGGAUAUAACUGGAUUCCAGGGAAGAUCCUUAGAUGUUUCUAUGACAAAGAUUUCAGAUCAGAUAUCAUCGAAUCUGUUCUGUGUGGGUCCCUGUUUCCAUCAGAGUUUUCUAUCAAAGAUAUGGUUAAAUAUUGGGUUGAUAUUUUCUCUGGAUUAGAUAAAGUGGAGGUCAACGCUCUUGAAAAGCUACUGGAGCAAAAACAAAGGCUACAAGAGGAGCUGCAGAAGUAUCUAGCUCUGAGGCAGAAUAGUCAGGAUAAAGAAAAUCCUGAGGUUCAAAAGAAGAUUGCGUUCUGUUUUCGAGUAAUGUCCCGUUCGUUUGCUGACCCAUCAGAGGCUGAGGAGAGUUUCCAGAUUCUUGAUCAAUUAAAUGACACUAAUAUCUGGAAAAUUUUAACGCAUCUUGUUGAUCCAAAUACUAGCUUUCAUCAAACUCGUGCGUACAGGGAUGAACUGACUAAAAUACUUGGUGAGAAACAUCAGCUGGAUGAGUUUCUGAAUACCUUAUAUGUUAAGUGCUCCUAUUUGCUAUUCAGUAAGGAGCAUGCAACAACUAUUCUUUCAGAAAUCGUCAGAUAUAAAUCUGCAGAGAAUGAUCAGCGUAUACAAUCUUGCAUGAAUAUAUUAGUGAUAAUUGCUCGUUUCAGUCCGCACUUUUUUAGUGGCAGUGAGGAGGAACUGGUGAAGUUACUCAAGGAUAAUAAUAAUAAUGAUAUUAUCAAAGAGGGCAUUUUGAAUGUUUUAGCAAAGGCUGGUGGUACUAUUCAAGAACAACUAGCAGUUGCAUCAAGUUCUGUAGACCUUAUGUUAGAAAGACUGUGUUUAGAAGGCAGUCGGAGACAGGCAAAGUAUGCUGUGCAUGCUCUAGCUGCAAUAACAAAGGAUGAUGGCCUCAAGGCUCUCUCUGUUCUAUACAAGAGGCUUGUAGAUAUGCUGGAGGAGAGAACGAAUCUGCCCACAGUUUUGCAGUCAUUGGGUUGUAUAGCACAGACUGCAAUGCCUGUAUUUGAAACUAGAGAGAGUGAAAUUGAAGAAUUUAUAAUAAACAAGAUUCUGAAAAGUGAUAGUAAAGAUGAUCACACAAGAGCAUCUUGGGAUGAUAAAAGUGAUAUUUGUGUGUUGAAGAUAUAUGGUAUCAAAACCGUAGUGAAAAGCUACUUGCCAGUCAAAGAUGCUCUUGUUCGUCCCGGUAUUGAUGGUCUUUUGGAUAUCCUAAGAAACGUGCUUUCUUAUGGUGAAAUAUCAAAGGACAUAAAGUCAAGUUCAGUCGAUAAGGCCCAUUUGAGGCUUGCUUCUGCAAAGGCAGUUCUUCGUUUGGCUAGGCUUUGGGAUCACAAGAUUCCUGCUGAUAUUUUUCACUUAACUAUAAAGACAUCAGAGGUUGGCUUCCCUCAAGCUAAGAAGCUUUUCUUAAGCAAAGUUCAUCAAUAUAUAAAAGACCACCUUUUGGAAGCCAAAUAUGCAUGUGCCUUUAUAUUCAAUAUUUUCGGAACCAACCCAGAGGAGUUUGCAGAGGAUAAGCAGAACUUAGCUGAUCUUAUUCACAUGCAUCACCAAGAAAGGGUGGGACAGCUUUCAGGGCAAUCGGAUGGGAAUUCCUUGACCCCUUACCCCGAGUAUAUUCUUCCAUACCUAGUUCAUGCACUUGCUAGCCUAUCUUGCCCCAAUAUUGAUGAAUGCAAGGAUGCCGAAGCAUACAAUACUAUAUACAGGCAGUUGCAUUUGAUACUAUCAAUGCUAGUGCAACGAGAUGAAGAUGUCAAAUUGGGAGUAACUACUGACAAAGUGAGAGAAAUUAUAUCUGUCAUUACUUCUAUCUUCCAGAGUAUUAAACACUCAGAAGAUGCAGUUGAUGCAUCAAAGUCGAAGAAUUCUAAUGCCAUAUGUGACCUUGGAUUAGCAAUCACCAAGCGACUAGUACAGAAGGAUGUUGAUAUGCAAGGAUCGUCUCAUUCAGUUUCUUUACCUCCCAUACUAUACAAAGCACGCGAGAAGGAAAAUGAUCUUAUGGCAAGCGAAGUGAAAACCUGGUUGGCUGAUGAAAGUGUCCUGGCUCACUUUGAAUCAGUUGAAACAGAAACGGUUACAUCUCAAUCAGCUGAGGAUCAUGCUUUAAAGGACAAUGCAAAAGACAGAAAUGAAAUCCCCCUUGGGAAAAUAGUAAAGAAGAUAAGAUCUCGGGGAACCAAGGGGAAGAAGGUGAAAAAGAACAAGACCACGACAGCUGAAAAGAAAAAAGCUGAAGAUGAUUUUGACAUCUUAAAUAUGGUCAGAGAAAUUAAUUUGGAUAACUUGGGGAUAACUACUAAUUUUGAAUCAAGUAAUGGUCAUGAAAGUUCUUUGAGUAAGAAGGUGCAGAAAGAUCCCGAGUUUGAAACAAUUAUAAAACGAAAAGUGGGAGAAGAAACACUUGCUCCAGUUCCUAAACGGAGGCGAUCUUCCGUUAUUUAUGGAAAAUCGCGAAAAGUUUCUCAAAGAAUUUCAGAUGUAGUUCCCUCUGGCAGUAAAUCAUUGUUAGAUGCAGAAAUUAACCCUGAUACAGAUAGCAAAAAUAUGGAGAGAAAAUUGGUCAAAGGCAAAGAGCCCUCAUUAGAACGAAAAAUUAAGGCCUCCGAGAGUUAUCAUAUUGAUGAAUCUGAGAAAUCUGAAGACUGUGACAUAAAGAGUCCUGGCAAAUCAAAGACAGCUAAUAAGACGGAAAGUGACAACUUCAAAACAUCUGCAAGCUCUACUAAAAGGCAGAAAAGAAAAAGUAUAGGAGGAUUAGCCAAGUGUACGACAAAGGAAGGUCAAAGUGAUGCCGAAGAUCUGAUCGGCUGCAGAAUUAAAGUUUGGUGGCCUUUGGAUAAGAAAUUUUAUCAAGGAAAUGUUCAGUCUUAUGAUUCUUCAAAGAGGAAGCACGUGAUAUUAUACAAUGAUGGAGAAGUAGAAAAACUCUGUUUGGAAAAGGAACGUUGGGAGCUUAUCGAUGGGGGCCACAAAUCUAAUAAGAAGCUAAAGCCCUCAAAAGCUCCAUCUAUACAUGAAGUUUCUACUGGGAGGAAACAGAGAAGCUCAAGUCGUUCAGCAAGUAAUAAGAAGACACAAAUAGUUAAUGGUAAACAACCUCGUAGCAAGCAUGCAAAGCGUGGACAAAAAAAAGCAUCAAAAACUAAAGUCCAUGAAGAAGUUGCUAAUGAAAGUUCUGAUGCUGAGUUACCAAACCCUGAAGAGACCAUAAUAUCUGAUGUUGAGAUCAACUCCGGCGGUUCUGAAGGAGAACAGGAUGAAAGGUCUGAUGUUAUCAUAACCAAGAAGAAACCUAACAAGAAAGCAAAAUCUGUUUCACGUGGAAAGAGAUCUAAGAAAGCGAAGAGGUCGAGUAAUAAGAAAGAACCCAGUGAAGAGCAGCAGGAACCAGAUGAAGUGAAGGAGGAACCAGAUGAAGAGAAGGAGGAGGAUUAUGCUGAGAGACUUUCUGAAGAUAGAGAGGGUUCCCCACAAGGAGCUCAAAAUGACGAAGAAGAAAAUAGUUCAAAAGAAAGAGUGGCUGAUGAAUCAAGAGGAGCUUCAAGAGAAAAUGUUGAUGAAGAAGAAUCAGGUUCUGAAGGGAACCAAAAUGAGAGUGAUGGGGAAAGUAGUCCUAGUAAAGAAGUAAAAGAAUCACUUGAUGAUCUACCAAGUCCCGAUGACGCCAAAAUUUCCGAGCUUCCCGAUGAUGAGCCUCUGGUCAAAUGGAAACCCCCCUCAGGGAAGAAAAGGUCAUCAGGGAAAAAACAAUGAACAUUUUGGCUGCUUCUGUAACACAAAUCUUUGAAAGACUUGAGUAGCAUUUGUAGCAAUGGUGCUGUGAUAGCAUUUAAUCUGUAUCAGUACAAGUAGAGGUAUAAUGUGUAAAUGGUGACAACCAUUUAUUGACACAUUAAUAGAUGUGCUUUGCAUGUAUUUUGUGUUGUAUUUUAGCCACCCUUGUGUAGUUGUAACAUUCCCACAUUUAGGAGAAAAAAAAGUGUGCUUUAGGGAUUGUAGGGUUAUGCUAUGCAAAAUGACCUUUCAUUAGUGUAGGUAAUCAUAGGUUUAACAUAUGAUGAUUCAUGUGGAUGUUGUUCAUCAUUCCAAGUUCCAACAUAAUCAAUUUGACUUGAGCAACAUGUACAGCUAUACAUGGUGAUAAAUUGUAUUUUGUAUCUUUAUUUUAUUAUUCA